AUGGUGGAAGAGAUAUCGCCAAAGUAUACCAAUGAGCAAGCUGAAGCCAGCAGCUCCUCUUCCUCUAGUGUUUCUGGGGAACCAAAGGACUUCAGUGGUUCUCUAGAGAACCAAGAGGACCUUGGUGAGCUAAUAGAGAGGACUAACACUAUGACAUCUGGUGCUGAAUCUAAGGUCGAGACUAACAGACGUAUGUCUCGUAUCUUAACUGGUACUCAGGAUGACCCAGAGAAGAUCGCCAUUGAUUACUCAAAUUGUCCACCAAUGGGUGGUGACAGACCUUUCCCACCAGCAUUACCAGAACAGUCACAGUUUGAAGUCACAUUCGAUGGUCCAAAUGAUCCAAUCCAUCCUUUCAAUUGGAGUAUGAAGACCAAAACUAUUAUUUGUAUUGUCCUGUGUCUAAACUGUAUCUGUAUAUCCAUGGGUUCUUCCAUCUUUGCAUCCGGUGUUCCACAAAUCUGUAAGAUCUAUCACGUUAUCCCAGUGGUCGCCAUCUUGGGUGUUACUCUAUAUGUCUUCGGUUUCGCUGCUUCCCCAGUUAUCUACGCUCCAUUGUCAGAAGUUUACGGUAGACGUGGUGUGCUAGUCAUCUCUGCAUUUGGUUUCGCUGUCUUCCAAUUCGCUGUCGCAACUUCCAAGGACUUGCAAUCAAUCAUGAUCUGUAGAUUCUUCGGUGGUUUGAUCGGUGCUGCACCAAUGGCUGUUGUCCCAGCUGCUUUUGCCGAUAUGUUCGAUGUUAGAGUUAGAGGUAAAGCCAUUUGUCUAUUCUCCCUAGGUGUCUUCGUUGGUCCUAUCUUGUCUCCUGUCAUGGGUUCUUACAUUGCUCAAAGAACUACGUGGAGAUGGUUAGAAUACGUCACUGGUUGUUUUGCAUCCGCUUUGUUCGUUGCCGUUGCACUAACUUUCAAAGAGACUCAUCACCCAACUAUCUUGGUCCAAAAGGCUAAGGAGAUGAGAAAGUCCACUAACAACUGGGGUAUCCACGCAGCUCACGAGCACGUCGAGCUUUCUGUCUCUGAAAUCGCCAAGAAAACCAUCACUAGACCAAUUAAGAUGUUGUUUACUGAACCAUUGCUGUUGAUUAUUACCAUUUACAACUCCUUUGUUUACGGUAUUCUUUAUCUGAUGUUGGAAGCUUACCCAAUUGUCUUUGUCGAAGGUUACGGUUUUGAGGCAAACGGUGAAUUGCCAUACAUUGCUCUAAUUAUUGGUAUGUUGGUCUGUACUGCUUUCCUAUGGUACUUCGAGAACGACUACUUGAAGAGAAUUCAAAAAGCUGGUAAGUUGGUUCCAGAAGCUAGAUUGAUCCCAAUGGUCUACGCAGGUGUCAUUUUCCCAAUCGGUAUUCUAUGGUUCUGCUGGACUGGUUACUACCCACACAAGAUCCACUGGAUGUGUCCUACCGUUGCUGGUUCCUUCAUUGGUUUUGGUUUAAUGGGUAUUUUCUUGCCAUGUUUGAACUACAUCAUUGAGUCAUACUUGCCAUUGGCUGCUUCUGCUGUUGCCGCUAACACUUUCAUGAGAUCAGCAUUCGGUGCUGUUUUCCCACUAUUUGCAGGUUACAUGUUCCAUGGUAUGGGUACUGGCUGGGCCGGUCUGCUAUUGGGUCUGUUUGCUGCAGCUUUGAUUCCAGUGCCACUGUUCUUCUUGAAGUACGGUGAGAGAAUCAGAAAGAACUCUAAGGAUGCUUACUACGCUUAA